GUGGCCUGUUUCGCCCCAUAGUCACUCUUAUGGUGCACCAUUUAGAGAAUAAGUUCUGAUUCCUGACAUGGAUUUCAGUGUUGUUUACUAUACAGUGUUCAGUGUUUCAUACAGUAUUUUAUGCUGUUAUUAUUCUCUCUCUUCUCUCUCUCUCUCUCUUUUAGGAGUACACUAUAGAUAUCAUUUUUGCACAGACUUGGUAUGAUAGUCGCUUAAAAUUUAAUAGCACCAUGAAAGUACUUAUGUUGAAUAGCAAUAUGGUUGGAAAGAUAUGGAUUCCAGACACUUUCUUCCGAAACUCAAGGAAAUCUGAUGCCCACUGGAUCACAACUCCAAACCGCUUGCUUCGCAUUUGGAGUGAUGGACGAGUAUUAUAUACCCUAAGGUUGACGAUUAAUGCUGAAUGUUAUCUUCAGCUUCAUAACUUUCCUAUGGAUGAGCAUUCCUGCCCACUGGAGUUUUCAAGCUAUGGAUAUCCAAGGAAUGAAAUUGUGUACAAAUGGAAGAAAUCCUCUGUUGAAGUGGCAGAUCCCAAAUACUGGCGGCUGUAUCAGUUUGCAUUCGUAGGCUUACGAAAUACAACGGAUAUCUCUCAUACACAGUCUGGGGAUUAUGUUGUCAUGACAAUUUUCUUUGUCCUGAGCAGACGUAUGGGAUAUUUUACAAUCCAGACAUACAUUCCUUGCAUCUUGACUGUUGUUCUUUCCUGGGUCUCAUUCUGGAUUAAUAAAGAUGCAGUGCCUGCUAGGACGUCCUUAGGCAUCACCACUGUGUUGACUAUGACCACGCUGAGUACCAUUGCCAGAAAGUCUCUUCCCAAGGUUUCCUAUGUAACAGCAAUGGAUCUUUUUGUCUCUGUGUGCUUUAUUUUUGUAUUUGCUGCUUUGAUGGAGUAUGGCACCUUGCAUUAUUUCACCAGCAACAAAAAAGGGGCCAAAGAGAAAGACAAGAAAUCAAAAAACAAGUCAUCGAAUCCACCACUGCUUCCUGUCCGUCCUGGAUCAACAUUAAUUCCAAUUAACAAUAUCCGUCACUUUCAAGAACGUGAUGACAGUUAUGGAUACGAGUGCCUUGAAGGUAAAGACUGCACCAGCUUCUUUUGUUGCUUUGAUGACUGCCGCACAGGAUCAUGGAGAGAAGGAAGAAUACACAUCCGGGUGGCCAAAAUUGACUCCUAUUCUAGGAUCUUCUUUCCUACAGCCUUUGCUCUGUUCAACCUUGUUUACUGGAUUGGAUACCUUUACCUAUAAAUAUGACAUAUUUGUCUUUGAAAUGGGAGAACUGACAUUCUUAAACACAUCACAGCAAAUAAGAUGAAAAUGUUCAUUUCUUUUUUUCUUUAGUUUUCCCAUGUUUGAUAUUUUUUUCAAGAUCCAAAAUUAAAACUGAAAAAUAUUUAGAAAACUCUUCUGCCCAUCUUACUUACAAAACUGUUGCAAAUCAUACAGAUCUGAAAGGAAAAUGAAGGUGCACUUUCCUUUCAUUUUUGAACUAGUUUCAAUGAUGAUCAGUGUCUUAAAGGCUAGACUAAGAAUGUCUUCAUGAUUCAUUUAAAGAGGACAAGUAUUUUGCAGCUCUUAGACCAAAACUGCCAAAGCCUUAAGAUCAUGGAAACUGAAAAAGAAUUGCUUAAUUGAUUCUGGUCACAGACUAAACACAUAUGAAGGAAUUUUUAAGUCCGUUGAUGAAUAACAUUUUCCUAGGAUGAAAUUAGAUUAAUUCUACUGGCUUGACCAGUUUUUGGAUAGGGAUGAAUAAUGGUGCUGAUAAUGGAUGUCUUUUAAAUAAAAUGUUUGAAAAUAUCCAUGGGGGGGGGUAGAUGAAUGUGGACAUGACAGGUAUUGGAGUUGUGAUUUGCAGGUGUUGAUAUAAUUCUGCACACUUACUCCAAUAGGAACAGAUUUUAGCCACAUAUAUUGCCCCCCAUUCAAAAAUAAUGAGGGUGGAAUUAAGAUUUUCUUUAGAAAGGAUUUGCCAUAUUGCAACGCCUAUUUUAAGGCUGAAAAAGAUAACCAGAAAACUCAAGGUAUGGAUCUAACACAUCCCAAGUUCUCUCUGGACUUGGCUGAAACUGCUAACUAACUACCAUCUCAUAUGCGUAGUUCAUUGUUCCUUGAAUAAAAAUCAUUUCAUAUGGAAUUGUGUAACACUGUGGACAACUUAUUAGUUUGUCUAGUAGUAUGUUAAAGAUAUGAGAGCAACAUGCAGCCAGCAUGUUACUAAAAUUGAGAUAUUUCUGUCUACAUGUUAUAUGCCUUAUGUGCUCACCUUUUUUGUUGUUUUUAAUGUGAUUUGUAUCACUUUUAAGAAGAUCAAGGUAUUUCUAUCAGAAUAUAAAACCCUCGGAGGAAGUCCCUGCUCACAGUCAUCUGCAGCAUAAACUGCAAACUCCCAUCAUUUCUGGUCAUUCACCUUGCCAGAUGUGGAUGAUGAAAGUUGUAACCCAAAAUAGAUGGAGAGAAAUACAUUGAAAAAGUUGCUUUAAGGUUGCCACUACUGUUUGGUGAUUUCAUCUGGAAAGAAAAAUGUUCCAGCUUGGGAACAAUGCCACAGAAUACGCAUUGUAAUGAUUUUUUGUUAGGGCCUAAUAUGUUUUGUUUUGGCUUACUCUUGUUCAUGACUUGUUAUUGUUGUUGUCAUGUUCCUUCAUCUAAUUUCUGACUUAAUGCAACCCUAAGCAAAGCUAUCACAGUUUUGUUUUGUUUCAAGAUUGAUUUGUUUAGAGGGAGUGUGCCAUUCCUUCCUCUUAGGCUGAGCAGGUAUUUGAACUGUAGUUUCCCAGGGUCCUAGUUUAGUCCAGCACUGAAACCACUACACCACACUGGCACACUCUUCUUCAUAUCAUAUAUAGUGAUACACAGCAACCAAAUUAGUUUUGACCAGCUUAAGCAACAUUCCAUACAAUUUGCCACAGCAUGAAUAUAAGUAGAGAGCAAUAACAUUAGAUAUAAUUCAACAAGGUUACUUCUCCUUGCUGGAGAUUUGAUGUGAUCAGUAACCCCAGUGUUAGCCCCUCUCAAAUUGUGUCAUUAAUCCUAAUUAUGGCAUAGAGAGAAACCAUCCUGGGGGAGGGGGGCAAAUAUAAAUAACAUUUAAUGUAAGAACCAUGCCAUCUGUAGAAUUGGCCUUUGAGUUCCAACUAGAAUAAACCUUUUGCAAUCAGUGAAAUUUAGGGAAAUGGUGACUAAUAACUUCCAUCCAUUUCAAUAGGCCUACUAUAAUUUGGACUUUCAUUGGGUUUAGUCCAGAGACAGAGUACACAGAGAGAUGUAUAGUGACGUACACACAUCAGAUGGAUAGUGAAAAUUCACUUAUUAUGAUGAGUUAUGUUUCCUUUAAUAAGACCAUUAGAUGUUACUAAACAAUCUCAUAAUUACAAUGGGCCCUUGGUAUCUACUUGGUGGUUUGGUUCCAGGACCCCAUGUGGAUACCAAAAUCUGUGGAUGCUCAAAUCCCAUUACAUACAACGGUG